AUAUUUGAAUUGGGUCAAAUCAACUGAUAAUUGUAAGAAAUGUUUCGUCGAUGUGUUAGCAGAAACUUUAUCUGGUGCAACACUAAACUAUUGGCAUCCGUGAUUAACAGAGGCAUAUACACCAUAAACAAGGUUACACCAGACUACGCAGAAAUAACAACAAAAGGUAUACCUUACGGCUUCGAUAACAGAACAGGAAAAUGGGGCAUAUGGAAUUUGUCAUUAUUUUUAGACGGAGCAGAAUUUAAAGCCCGACAAUCAGAAGUAUUUAUGAAUACUCCUAUAACUGACAUGUAUAAAUCAUCGACGUUCAUCAUGCUAAAGAUGAUUCUUAAUUAUAUUAACCCAAAGGUAUACCAGUUCGACUUCCUUGAUCCAAUAAAUCUGACAAUUACAAAAGAACUGUGCAAACCAGGUACCAGUACACACAGCACAGUUACAAAACUUAUAAACACUGAUACGGGAGAACUUAUGGUAGAAAGGCUGGCAAAACUUUGUAGGGUUGACAAUGAAACACAUCGACCAGUGAAAUGGUCUCCGCAAUUUCACCAAAUGUUUUCACAUUUGAAAGAUCGAGAAAUGCCCGAAGUAUUGAAGAAAACUAGUGCUCCAAUUCCAAAACCACCGCUUGAUUGUUUCAAAUGGAAUUUAAAGUCCCGAUAUAGUGAUAUGGAUGUAAAAAUGCAUGCUAACCAAUCAAUGUACAUCAAAUCUUGUAUAGACUGUGCUACUGACGCCUCCUUGAAUGGUCAACUCGAUCAAUUUAACGGCGAUAUUAUUUGGUAUCCAGUGAAAUAUCUGAGUAUAAAUUAUAUAGCAGAAACUUUUGUCAAUGAUGAACUAACUGUCAACAUGUGGCAAAAUGACAAAGACGUUUCAGUAUUAUACUUUUCAGUCUGCAGUGAUGCUUUAAAAAAGAUAGUAACAUUUAUUGAGAUGAAAUUUGAUUUGGACAAAAUAAAAUAAUCCCAGCUUGAUAACUUAACUAAUUCUUAUAUUUUCGUCUUCAUGCAAAUUUAAUUUAUUUUAAUUGCAUGUGAAUCUUCUGAUUUACUUCUGAUUUGCUUAAAAAUAAAUUAUCACUGAAGAAAAGCAUAUUUUCGUGAAACCCCAUGUACAUGUAUACAUAAUCAGGACCUUCUGCACAAUAUAAUUCAAUUAUAAAACUUAAUUCUAAACUUUCUUCGACAGUGUCAGUUGCACUUGAGCCAAAAAUAAAAUGUUAU